AUGUCGCUGCAAACACCUUCGUUAUUCUCCUUCCCGGGGGCAGCCUACACCGCCUCCCACAAUACGCUGGCCUCGAUCCUUGCACCUUCGGCGCCAAGCUCUGGCUGUGGGUCAGCGUUACCCUCGGAGCUCAUUCCAGGCGCACCGUCACCUACGCGGUCCAUUGAGAACUACACUCUCUUCUCCACACCCGAGUUCAACCCGAACGGCAUUGCUGUGUAUCCCGAGGGAAUAGAUAACCAGUUCCUCGGCGACGUACUAUCUCCCAAUUCUAGCUACAUCAACGAUAUCCAGUUCGUCUCCGACGUCCUGGACGACCUGCAGUCCAAGUUGUGCAUCGACACCAACAGAAUCUAUGGCAGCGGGUUCAGCAACGGGGGCAGUCUCACGGCGCUGUUAUCUUGCAACGGUACCGUGGGUGGGAGGUUCGCUGCACUGGCUGCGGUCGGCGGUGCGUACUACCCGGACGACGAGAUGACGGAGCCGUUGUUCGGCGCGGGCUGCGGAGGCGGGCGCGAAAACGUCACGAUCCCGUACCUGGAGAUCCACGGUGAAGAGGACAAGGUCGUGGCCUACGAUGGCAACAAUGGAGAUAGCCCGGCCAUGUACCCGAUACCCGUCUACCUGGAGAAACUCGGCUCGCUCAAUGGCUGUAACACCUCUGCUCCAGACCAUGCUGGCCUUACGGGAUUGUCUACCAAUUCGACGCAGAUACUCAACGGAGGCAAUAUCACGAAGUAUUCGUGGACGUGCAAUGGCCUCGAGGAUGUGAUGGUUCACUACAAGGUCAAGGGCCUGGGACAUGGGUGGCCAAGUACCGUAUACUAUGGUGGCAUCCUGGAUGAGUACCGAUUGGGACCCACGACAUGGAAUGCAAGCGCAGUAAUUGGUGAGUGGUUUGGCAAGUGGAGUUUGAAGAGCGCUUGGGGUACAGAGAACGCGACCUUUCAAAGCCAGGCACCUUGA